GACCUCUCUCUUAUAAAACCUCUUCUUCCGAGGUGGAACCCAUGGAAGUUACCAAUGGAUGCAUGAAAGAAAUCUUGAACGAAAUGUCUUCACAAGGUGUUAAAUGGAUGUACGGACGUUGGUUGAUUGAAGGUGCUCCCCAGGUGCUCUUGUUCGACACAUACUCCGUGUUUGAUCGAUUGGAUGGAUGGAAGGCCGAUCUCUGGAAUGUUGUGAAUAUCCCAUCACCAGCUAACGACCAAGAAACCAAUGAUUUGGAUUUUUAUAACAACAUUGAGAAAUUUCCGGUGGAUGAAGAGGCCGGUAAACGUGGCAUAUAUCAUCGCUAUUGCGUGGAACGUGCGGCCGCGCAUUGUUGUGAUGUGUUUACCACCAAAGCCAGGUUUGUGAUAUGUCCUCCUCGUGUUCUUGCCAUCGCCUUCCUCCCUUCUCAUCGGUUUAUUUCCGAUCACAAAGAUGGUGUGUUGCCAAACGGUUUAAAUGUCGUAAAGUUUUCCGCUGUUCACGAAUUUCAGAAUCUGCACGCCCGCAAUAAGGAAAAAAUACAUAGCUUUGUGCGUAGUCACUUCUAUGGUCAUUAUGAUUUUGACUUAGACAAUACACUGUAUUUCUUUACCGCUGGCCGUUACGAAUAUGGAAACAAGGGAGUGGAUAUAUUUAUCGAAUCACUAGAACGUUUAAAUCAUCGAUUGAGAGCAUGCAAUUCGCCAGUAACCGUGGUGGCAUUUUUAAUCAUGCCUGCGGCUACUCGGUCGUAUACCGUUGAUGCACUUAAAGGACAAGCUGUCACCAAGCAGCUCCAGGAAACGGUGAAAGAAAUCACCGAUAGGAUUGGAAAGAGAUUAUUCGAGAAGGCAGCUCGAUAUACCAGCGGUGAUAUAGUGCGGGAGGUUGUGAAUCCAUCUGAUCUACUUACAAACGAGGAAAUGGUUUUGCUGAAACGUCGUGUCAUUGCACUCCGACGCGAGUCCCUACCACCAAUAGUCACUCAUAACAUGAUUGAUGACUCUAACGAUCCAAUCUUGAAUCAACUACGUCGUCUUCGCCUAUUCAACGAUCGCAUGGACAGAGUAAAGGUGAUCUUCCACCCUGAAUUCAUAAAUUCAAACAAUCCCUUGUUCGGCCUGGAUUAUGAUGAUUUCGUACGUGGCUGUCAUCUUGGCGUGUUCCCGAGUUAUUAUGAACCAUGGGGUUACACACCGGCCGAAUGCACCGUGAUGGGUAUCCCCUCUAUUACCAGCAAUCUAUCGGGCUUUGGUAGUUACAUGGAAGAACUCCUCGAGGACCCUUCCGAAUACGGUAUCCAUAUUGUCGACCGUCGGAUGAAAUCCGUCGAAGAAUCCAUUCAACAACUCGCGGACAUCAUGUUACAAUUCUGUCAGAAGUCGCGACGUCAACGAAUCAACAUGCGUAAUCGCACGGAACGCUUGUCAGAUUUGUUGGAUUGGAAGUUUAUGGGAGUGGAAUACACUCGAGCGAGAAAAUUGGCAUUGCAUCGAACAUACCCAGAAUGCUUCGUGGGCGCGGAUCCCGAUCUUGACGACUUUCAACAAUGCAGAACAAAGAUCCGACGACCAUCAUCUGGCUUCAUAUCACCGAGAUCAUCAAGUAGCAGAAACAGUGAGGUGGAUUUUGAAGAGCAAGUGCCAUACAUUGGUGAACACGAGGAUGAAGAGGAAGAAUAUCAUUAUCCAUUGAUUUUGAAAAGAAGAGAUUCCUCUCGUGAUUUAACUGCCUACACCCAGGAACAAUAUAACAGUUAA